AUGGAAUAAACAUUCUCGUUUAUCGACCUACGUUUUUCUACAUGGUAUGUUGGCUCUUGAAUCGUUUGAACGACGAAACUAAACCUGAGUAUUCCUAAGAGAAUACAUCUGAUCCAUCAUCUCCUUACUAUUUGUCAAACUCGGAUCGGCGGAUUCCGGGGCUCUCGGAUGAACAGUGGCAGGGUCUCAUGAAGUUGCUGGAGAAGAGUAAGAUGCUUGCUCCGUCUGAAAAAUUGACCGGUAAGAAUUCUAAUUUUAGAUGGUUGCUGGACGCGGGUGCUUCGUACCAUAUGACAGGUAGUGCUCAUUUAUUGGUGGAGGACAAGGAAGCAUUGCCACCCGUGGCAGUGAUACUGCCUAACGGAGAAGUAAAGUAUGCAACUAGCGUGGGAAGUGUAAAAUUGAGCUCGUAUAUUACACUUAGGAAGGUCCUAUUCGUACCUGGCUUGAAGUGUAACCUUAUAUCUGUAGCACACUUGAUUGAUGACCAGAAAUGUGAUGUAUAUUUUACUAAUCAGUUAUGUGUGAUACAUGACUACCUGCCUACGAGGAUGCUGAUUGGAGCAGGUAGACGACAAGAUGGAGUAUACUAUUUUCACGGUUUUGACACAACAACUGCUAGUCAAAUAAGGAAGCAAGAGUCAAGCAACUUAUGGCAUUCCCGGUUAGGACACCCGUCCUCAAAAGUGAUGAGUUGUGUUUUUAGUUUAAAUAAUUUUGGGUCUGUAAGUGAUUUGAAUAAAGUGUGUGAUGCAUGUUUGAGAGGGAAACAGACUCGUGAAGUUUUUCAAACUAAUAAUACUAGA